AUGUCUUCCUCCUCCACUCCUCCCACAACCACCGCCCCAAUGGUGCUGCUACUACUUCUAUUGAUCAUAACGAUCACAUACCUUCCAUCUCCCAUCAUUGCCCAAUCCAACUCCCCACUAAGUCCUACAAUCGCAGAAUGUGGGCCUCGUAUCCUUCCCCCUCGCCCUCCUCGUUGCCUGUGCCUCUUGCUCAACAACUCUGGUUUGAGCUCGAGCUUCCCGAUUAACUCGACACUUGCCAUGCAACUUCCACUUAUGUGUAGUGUCAAUUUCGAUAUUAGUUCUUGUUCAGGAUCUCCUUUGUCAUCGGUGUCACCUACGCCACAAGUUUCACUAGGGUCGAUCACCAAUACCACUACCCAAUUCUACUGUUGCUUCUUCCCCAAUGGCGACAGUCACUCCGAAGUCCCCACUGAUGGGAAUAGGUUAUCAUCCGAAUAAUGCAAUAAAGGUGCGGGGAUCGUUGCAGUUACGGAUGAUGGUGGUGUUGACUAUCUUGACUUGCAUGUGGACUAGCACGUUAUAUUGAUUAUUGAACACGUCGUAUGAGUAGCUUGGAUGUGGUAAUUGCGUGUUGUUGCAUUAGGUC